AUUUGAAUGUUUUGCAGGUGUGCGGUGCCGCGAUUGGUCGGCGAGAGGUCACGUGAGUGAAUACGUCAUGGUGUUAUGACGUGUUACCAACUGCAGACUGUUGUUGCCAAGCAACGCGCCCAUUCCCCACAGACCUCUCAAACAGCAACAGGAAACAGAAGCUGGCCCGCAGGUUGCACUGGAAGUUGUCGGGUUUUUCGGUCCCUUUUCUGCCGUAAUUCCCGCCGAUCGGGAAUCCAAUCAAUGCCGGCAAACUGACGGAGGUGAUCACACGACGUUUUACGGAUGACCCUACGGAUUUUCGCCUUUAUUCUGGCCGGAUGAUGCUCGCCAGGAACCCGAUGCCUUCUCGGACCAGGUCUUUGAUAACGGCCGGGGACACGACGUCAACGGCGGACUACUUCGCCUCGCACAACACGGCCUCCAACCGGACUUUGGCCGAUCCUCCCUCCCACGUCGGCCUACCACCGCUCAAGAGCCAGACGGUAGGAGGCGGCAAGCAGGCCGACAAUCUGAUCGGCGGGAUCCAGGUGGAGCAGCUUUACGAGGCCGACCAUGGUAUGCACAAAAGACAGGGUUCCCUGACCAAGCCGAUUCAAAAUGGCGUCGCAGGCAGAGAUUCCCACCACCGAUCCUUGCCCACCGUCAACGUUGGCAACCAGAACGAGCCACCCAACAUCUACCGGGAGCGCAGUGCCGGGUCAGGAACAGCCAGCAAAUCUAGCUCAGGCAAGCCCAAAACCUCACCACUUUCUCCGGAGCAAGCCAUGAAGACCUUCAUGCACAAGCUGACCCCGUUUGAACACCACGAGAUCUUCAACUACCCCGAGGUGUACUUCGCGGGGCCAAACGCCAAGAAACGUCAGGGGGUGAUCGGCGGGGCCAACAACAACGGAUUCGACGACGAGCAGGGCUCGUACAUCCACGUUCCUCACGAUCACAUUUGCUACCGCUUUGAAGUGCUCAAAGUUCUGGGAAAAGGAAGCUUCGGCCAGGUGGUGAAAGUCUACGACCACAAGAACCACGUGCACACAGCGCUGAAGAUGGUCAGGAACGAGAAACGUUUCCACCGCCAGGCACAGGAGGAAAUCCGCAUCCUGGAGCAUCUGAAGAAGCAAGACAAGGACAAUAACAUGAACAUUGUGCACAUGGGGGAGAGCUUUACCUUCCGGAACCACAUCUGCAUCACUUUCGAGCUGCUGUCCAUGAACUUGUACGAACUCAUCAAGAAGAACAAGUUCCAGGGGUUCUCGCUGCAGCUGGUGCGGAAGUUCGCGCACUCGCUGCUGCAGUGCCUGGAGGCCCUGUACCGCAAUCGCAUUAUUCACUGUGACCUGAAGCCGGAGAACGUCCUCCUGAAGCAGCAGGGUCGCAGCGGGAUUAAGGUUAUAGACUUCGGCUCCAGCUGCUACGAACACCAACGCGUGUACACCUACAUCCAGUCCCGCUUCUACCGAGCGCCAGAGGUCAUUUUGGGGGCAAAGUAUGGCAUGGCCAUAGACAUGUGGAGCCUGGGCUGUAUUCUGGCCGAACUGUUGACUGGUUACCCGCUGUUGCCUGGGGAAGAUGAAGGGGACCAACUAGCCUGCAUGAUCGAGCUGCAAGGAAUGCCGCCGCAAAAGCUGCUGGACGUGUCCAAAAGGGCCAAAAACUUUAUUAGCUCCAAAGGUUACCCCAGGUACUGUUCUGUUAAAACCCUGAGUGACGGGACGACCGUGUUGGACGGUAGCCGCUCGCGGAGAGGGAAGUGGAGGGGUCCGCCGGGGUCCAAGGACUGGGUAACAGCUCUGAAGGGCUGCGACGAUCCCUUGUUCAUUGACUUCUUGAAGCGAUGUUUGGAAUGGGACCCCGCGGCCAGAAUGACCCCGGCAGCGGCCCUGCGGCACGCGUGGUUACGCCGCAAGCUCCCCAAACCGCCCGUACAGGAAGCGAGUGGGUCUGCCUCGAGGAGAGGGUCGUCGGGGAGGAAUGCAGCGGUGGCCAAGCUACCUCCGACCGGAUCUGCAUCCAAAGCCAGAGCAAUGCACGCGCAGCACCAAGCUCAGAACGACUCCUCCCUGCAGCAGAGAACUGUGUUGCCAAAAAUCGUUGGCUAAAAGCGCCGCUGUACGGUAGGCAAGGCAAAGCCACUUGUACACUGUCGUGUUUCUGAAUCCGCCCAGGUUUGAAAAAGCUGCUGCAUGUAUCUGUGAUACAUGCGAACAAAAAAAAUAGAAUCUAGUGUGUUUUGGUGGUAUUUCCUCUUGGUUGCCAAGUCCUCUAUCAGGGACAAAAUGUCUGCAAACAUUCCAUGUGAUUUUAACCUGUAAAGUAGGGACAUGGCAAGCGGGAAGACAGGCCUCUUUAGUAGUUAUGUGGGGAUGGCCUCAUUGUGUCAUUGCUGCCUAUGUGUCAAAAGUUGAGUCCUAAAAUAUGUGCUCCCCAGCACAUAGUUGGUUAUAACUGCAGGUCAGAGAAAUGUAGAUUGUAAGUCUACUCUGUGCUGCUUUUUUGUAAUGUACAUGUAAGUCCAUCCACACUCUGUAAUGCACAGAAUUGUGCACUGUUCUGUGUGUAACUAGGGAAAAUCCAACUUCUCAGUGAACCAUCAAGUAGUGUAACAGUAACAGAAAAGUGCCUAAAUGUUGUAAGGUUUCCCUCUCCGUGCCUGUUAGUUCUAAGAAGCACGGAUGUACCAAAUAACCCUGUUUAGAUGCUGCACUUUCAUUGCACCGGCACUGUUGUUUGUCGUCGUGGGGUGCCAAUCCUGCCAAUCACGCUCCAAGGGGGUAUGGUAAUCAAGUAAGGGCAGAUCAGCUUUCUUUUGGGGGCAGUAUGUGCCACUGUGGUGCUUCAGUCACUGCAUUGUUCCCAGUGUGGUCGCUAAGAAAAGCCCAAUAACAAAGGGGGUGUGGCUAGCAUGGCUACCUUGGGUCGUAUUUCUCACCAGUAAAAAAUGCAGUGCACCUCCGAGAUAAACAAGCAGUUACAGACGGAAGACACAGAAUUCUUGCUCCCCCAUCCUUUUUGAUGUAGAGACCAAACUAAAUCUAAAUGUAAUGGUGCUUUAGGCAGUGGGUAGCUGAUGUUUAAUGUUAAUGUAUUCCUUGUCGUCAAAUGUCAGACCACUUUGCCACACGGACCACAGUUUGUAUGCCUUUCAUGUAGCAUGUCCCACUUUGCCUGUAUCUCGCACUGGGCUGGUGGAAGGUGCCAUAUAUAUAUACUUUAACAUCCUAGGAUGUACAAAAAUACAUGUUGAAAAAAAUGACGCAUGUAUAUUUUUGUACUUCAUACACAUUAUCAUGUAAAAGAUAGGACAUUGAGAGGAAUAGAUCAUGUGUGUAUCCAGAUACAUGUAUUUUGUACUGUAUCAAAUAGAAAUGUAUAUUUUCAUCGUGAAAUUCACGGUGCUAAGAAUGUCUACUACACUAGAGAGGAGUAUUUGCAGUAACGUACAGCCUAGCCGGUGCAUAGGAGACUAUAUGUCUUGUUCAAAUCAAUUGUACAUACCCACAGGACACAACAAUUCUUCUGUAUAUACGAUUUUAAUACUUACAAAUGAUUUAUUUGUGUGAAAGGAAAAAUCUGUAAAUUUUUUUAAAUAGCACUUUUUUCAGUUUUUAGUUUUCAGAAAAUUUGUAGGAAGGUUUUCAUGUCAAUGUUGAGUGAUUUUCUUUCCAGAAUGCAAUUUUUAAUCAACUGAUUAAAAAACAGGUUCUAACUGGAAA